UUCACCUUGAUAGUCCUUGCACGCUAUCCUUGAACUUCUUUGAUCGUCAAUCGUUUCGAAUCCAAGAAACUUUUAGCAACACACUUAGGCAUUCCCAUCACAACAGGAUGUGCACGCCGCAGAUAUAACAAUAAAAUAAAUACACUGAUGGACAUACCUUCGUUAUCCAGUUGAUCUCUUGCUAUGUGACUGAGAUUUACACAUAAAUACGUUUUAGUCUGUUCUUAGGGAGACCAAUUCACAAUCUGAUUUUCUCAACGAGUUUAUUCUAGACGUAUUUGAAAAUACAUUCUAAACCUGUAUUAAACUUUAUUGCUAUACUAUGGCGUCUUUUAUUCCUAUAAAAACGGUUGAAGAGUUAGCCGGCUAUAUACCACAAACAGGUCCUCUUCAGAUGAGAAAUCAAAGUUUCAGUGAUAUUGAGGAUGAUGUGCUGUAUCAUAUAGCACUGGGCAAAAAAUCACAUGAUCUUAAAGACAUGUUUCAUGAUGUUAAGUUUGUGUGUUUUGGAGGAUCACCCAAUCGCAUGCGCAGUUUUGCAGAGUACAUGGUCAAAGCACUCAAUUACAAGAUGCCUGCUGGCCAAGAUCUUUGUGACAUUGCCCAUGGGUCAGAUCGAUAUGUACUGUAUAAAGUUGGGCCUGUUCUCUCUGUCAGUCAUGGUAUGGGUAUGCCGUCCCUGUCUAUUAUCAUCCAUGAGAUUUUUAAACUUUUGCACCAUGCGGAAUGCUCAGAUGUUACCUUCUUUAGACUUGGUACUAGUGGAGGUCUUGGACUGAAGCCUGGGACAGUCAUCAUAACAGAGGAGGCUGUAGAUGGGCUGUUGCGCCCAUACAUGGAAGUGGCAACUCUUGGCAUGAUGCUUCAGCAUCCAUCACGUCUGUCACAUGAGGUUGCCCAGGAGUUGCUAAACCUAGCUGAUCCUAAUGCUGACUUUGACACCAUCAUCGGCAAAACGAUGUGCACUUUAGAUUUUUAUGAAGGUCAGGCUCGCCUGGAUGGAUUCUUUUGUGAUUACAGCAAAGAAGAUAAAAUGGCAUUUCUGCGACGUGUUCACAACCGAGGCAUUAAAAACAUUGAGAUGGAAUCUUUAUGCUUUGCAGCAUACUGCUAUCGAGCAGGCAUAAAGAGUGCAGUUGUUUGUGUAACACUUCUUGAUCGUAUGGAAGGUGAUCAGAUCAAUGUGGCUCAUGAAGUUAUUGAGGAAUGGCAGCAGCGACCUCAACGACUUGUGGCAGCAUACAUACGGAAACAUCUGGGAAUUGAGAGCAAUGUUUCAUGUAACAGCAUUUAAUUUCAUGGUAUUUCUUGUGAAUGGUACAAAUUUAAGCUGAAUUCUUACUUGAGAUCGAUGACCAGCAGACAAAUUUUGUGUGCUAGCAUAGAUGGUAUUAAGGAGUGGCUGGGAACAAAAUGGAUGCAUAUUACUACACACAACUUGAUAUCCAAAUGACCUGAGUAGUCAAGGCAGUGGGAAAGAACGAUCACUGGAAAUGAUCCCAAAGAUUUUCGGAUGAACUGUGUAGGCAGUUCUUUUUUUUAAUAUAUCUUUUAUUACAGCACAUUACAUUAGAAGAGCUACAGUCCAAUAUUUAUUGGAAGUGAAAUGUGCAGCAGUUUCAUGCUUCCUUCAUGACAGCCUUAAAGUUGCUGUGACAUCAAGAAUGCCAUCGUCAUACUAUACACAGAAAAUUAGGAUCUUGUUAAAUAUUCAUUUUCAAUGGGACAUUUUUUGUGGGUUUGAGAAUUCCAUUGACAAGUAUGGAGAUGAAAAGGGAAGACAAAAAUGUUACUGGUCUAGAUUCUUCUGUUGUAAUUUCUAAUGAGUUUUAUACUUUUCUUAUAAUGAUGAUAUUGAAGCUUAUUAGAUGUUGUCAAGGAUGGUGCAGACAUUUUUAUAUUAUUGCCUAUAGUCUGUUAGAAUACUAACAAAUCUGUCAAUGUGCACUAUUGACAGUUCAGAAAUGUGGCUAGCAUUAUAUACUUUCAUUUUUCACCUUGAGUCUUCUAUUGCUAAUGACACUUUUUUUAAGGUUCAACCAUUCCACAACCAGGGUGGUAUGUUCAGUUUAUUGUGAUUAUAGGCAUUAAAUACAUAGUUUUGCACAAACAUGAGAGCAGUGGCAAAGAAACACAUUUUUUCUCCUUGGUGGCAUUUAAGGUGCAAUAAGAAAAGCACAAAGCUAUUUUGUAGUAAAAGACAAUGUUUUAUAUUAUCAGAGGUGCUGUAGCACAUUUUGUAUGGUUUUAUUAAAUUUUUUAGUUCAUUUUAUAAUUAAAUUUACUGUAGCAUAUGUCAGUAACAGCUGUCUAGCUAUCCACCCAUGAACUUAUUGAACCCAACUUUUAUCCAGUUGCAUUUACUGUUCAUGCUUAAUUUAUACAUUAAAUACAUUUUAUAUUGAUUCACAUGAAAAAACAGUCUUUUAUAGAAUGUAUCCCAGAAAGCAAAUGUCAGCAAAGUAUUCAAUCGGUUCAUAUUGGAAGGACAAUUUUAAUUGAAUAAUUUACUUACCAAUAUAGAAUGAAUGGCAUUUGACAGCAUUGAAAUGUUGUAUGCAAACUAGUCUUUUUUUCUUAGUUUUUUUACCUCAUUCAGGUUUUAUAAUCUUGCAGCAUGAAGAUAUAUUUCUUGAAAUUUCUUUUAUUUGAACAAAGUAAUUUGCAUUGACUGAAACUGCCAGAACAUAUAAAUAUUAUUUGCUGACCUGUCAUACAUGCAUGACACUCAUAUCAGGUACUUAAAACAAUAAUUUGCUCUGGCUAUUGUACAUUUAGCAGCUUGAUCUCAGUUUGACAUUGUUUACUUCCUAAAUGGUAAAAUAUGCUCAAAGUAAUAAGUAAAUUUGCAGAUGUCUGUUCCACGGUGCUUAUGUAGAGAGGGAGAUACGAAAGAACAAAUUCUUUAUUGAGCAAACCCUUUGAUUUAUUUAAAGGAGGAAAUAAAACAGCAUCAGCAAUACUUACAAUAGCGUUAUUUAUGCAGACUAACAUUCCUUUAUGUUUCCAACUAAUGUAUUCAGUUGAUUUCUGUUUUUAAAUACUUGAUACAGAUUUGUUU